AUGAUCACAAGAGGAAACAAACGUGUCGACCAAACUAGUGUUCCGCAAAGGGUUGGUAAUGUGUCCCAAAUGGUGCCCACCAUGUGUUCAUUAGAUGAACAGUUGAACACAUCGGCACCCAAUCCAAGCAAAUGUGAAUCAUUCCCGACCCGAACCAAUGUUAUCGCCAAUAAGACACCAGUCGAUGACCACAAACCUAUUUCUCCGCACCUGAGCUCAGGUGCCGUUUCUUGUGUUAAAGUGAACUCAGAUAACAAUAAUUGUAAUAAUAAUACGACUAUUCGUGAGACCCAUAAAAGUGCCGAUGAAUUGAAUGUCGACUCUGCGACAGGCAUUCAAUCGUUAGCCUUAGACCGACUCGAGUCCGUCACUGUCUAUAGGGAUCCCAAUUUAGUGGACAAACAGCCCAUUAGACACAUUGAAUCAGUGCAACACCAGCACCACCGCCACGGACUCAUGCAUUCCGUAAACACGACGUCCGCCUCAUCCCUGACCCACGCGUCCGAAUUCGGGCGAAUCUCGUCGAGUAGUGGAUCUCAAGCGAGAACCUGUCAGAACCCAUCGAUUAUCACGCCUUCGGUGUCAUCAGUGCCGCCACAAUAUAAGCUGAAGUCGCAGCCAAUCCAUUCAUCACAUUCAUCCUCAAUAUCGCCACACUUAUUGAAUACGACAUCCCAUGGAUCACAUCGACCUUCAAAUCAAAUGGAUCCGCAAUUAUAUCACCAUUUGAUGCAAAGCUCGCAUCCAAUGGUCUCCGGUCUAAACGCUCAGACAAUUGAUAUGUUUUGGCAGCAAAAGAAUUAUCCGCCGCUCUCUUCAAUGCCUACAAACAGUCCGUGGAAUCUAUACAAUGAACAGAUUAGAGCACAACUUCUUCAUGGAUCUACUGAUAAACAGCCGGCACUUAGAUUUGAUAGAGAAAAACGCGAUGAGAAAGAAAAACAAAUUAAAAUGGAAAGAGAGAGCAAAGAGUAUAUGGAAAGAGAGAGGUCUCGAGAGAGCAAAGAGUAUAUGGAAAGAGAGAGGUCUCGACUCGAACUCAUCGCAAAAGACAAGGAAGAGAACGCUAAGGAAGCGGUUGACCAACACUUUGAAGAAUCACUUCGUUUAGCCCGACAGAAGUCCCUUCAGAAGUCUGGAUGGAGUCCCAUAUCGAACCUUCCACUCACUAAAACUCAGCCAAACAUUUCCCGUCAGAGCCAUGUAUUACCUCAACAUCAGUCACAACACCAAAUGCCACCACACCUGCAACAGCAGUCGGUUAAGUCGAAUGUGUCUUAUAGUUCUCGUGAGUUAGAAAGAGAACGCCUUUCCAAAGAACAUGAAACAGAAAAGUGGUUGCAAUACGUCCAUCAGCACCAGCAGCAACAACACCAACAACAACAACAACAACUCCAACAACAACACCAACACAGCUCUCACUCACAAUCACAUCCAACACAUGGCUCUCGUGUGAAUGCGGUGGAGGCGAUGGCUAAACAUAAACAGUUGGAAUCGGGUCGUCAUUUGCAGUCACAGUCACAUCACUUGCAGUCAUCACUGAUGAAUGAGUCCUCGAGUAAGCGCUCGACCACUAGUCCUGUGAUGGAAGCGUCAAAACACCAUCAGAUGACAUCUCGUGCCAAACCUGAGCCCAGUUUUAGUCUUUACGGAUAUCAACCAAAUCAGAACAUUAGUUACAUAACUGCCGCUCAACUCAAAGAAAACAAUCGUUUGAGUAUAUCUUCAGGUGUCUCGAUGUCACCACUAAUGACCGGUCGCACGGAUAUGUCGAAAGUGCCGCCGCCAGCAGCUCAUGGUCUCGACAAAAGGGAAUCUCCAAAAAUUGACCGCUCAUUGACUCCAAACAGUAGGAACAGUACUCCUAUUGGGAGACCUCCUUCACUGUCGCCAAAACAAAAGUCACCGAAAAUGAUGGCUCCCGACAGAGUCAGUCCAUUGUAUCACAGAAGUCAAGGCCAGCCCAUCAAACAAUAUGAAUACCCACUAACAAGUGCUCCUCCGGCUCACCAAAGCACCAGUUCUCGGUCGGGAACCCCUCUGUUGAGCUCAUCGCCUAUAUCUCUUCAAUUGCAAAGUCAGAUACCUGUCGCCCAUUCCUCUCAAAAUCAAGAACAGCCUCAAAAUCUUGUGAAGUGUGACUCGAAAACGAAACUGAAUUUCAACGAAAUGACGAAAUCGCAGCUCGAAGUGCACAGAGAGUCGCCGAACGCCAUCCAUUUGAAGGGUGCGCCCAAUAUGUCGACCGGUUAUCAAGCAUUCAGUUUAAUACAACAGGGAUUAGUGCCGAACCCCUUAUAUAAACCUCUGCCGACAACUCAGUCAAUAACUAACACAUCGUCGAUGGCAUCAGUGAUAACACGUCCGCACUCGACAAAGCCUUCCAGUUGUACUCCAACUCAAUCUCAGUCACAACCAUCUCAUAUGUUCCCCAAACCCGGUCCCGGAAUAGUUAGUGGUAUUCCCAUAUGCCGUCCCAACAGUAUUCCAUAUUACGAACCCAACCGAACAAAUGUCUCCAAUUCACCGAAAUAUUCAGCAAAUGUUUCGACCAUUAAAAGUGAUUCUGUCAAUACAUAUCCAGAACUGAACCGAAUGGCUAAAGUGUCCGCACAUUCGCCAUACAACUCGACACAAGACCGCAAUGUCUUUCACAGACUGCCCUCAUCUCCGCACUCUCCGCGUAUAUCCAGCGGUUCUGUACCACAAUCUCCUUACGGACCGCCACCCGGAAUGGUGUCUGUGAACUCUAGUAUCACUCAAUCUCAUACCAGCCCUCCCGCCGCUCAUUCUGCAAGUAAUCCGUAUAAUGUUAAUCCUAUUAAUGUUAAAAGAAAAUCUUUGGAACCAAUUAAUAAUCCCUUAAAUAAUAAAAAACAAAGAAUUGUUGAGAGUUCUAGUGUUAGCCAAAUGCCAAUUAAAUCUGAGAAUGUGAUCAACACUAACAUCACCCAAAACGCAUCCAAUGAAAUGUGUGACCUCUCAUCUGAAGUGCCCAUAAAAACAUCGAAUUCAGCCAUUGAUAGUAAAGAAUCGCUUGAUUUUAAUAUAUCCGAUGAUUUGCUAUCAAUGCAACAAAAGGGGAUAACAGUUGUUGCAAAGGACUCGAUAAAUACAAGUUCUGUAGUGAACUCUAAGUCUUCAAUCACUGAAUUAAAAACUGAAUCCAAAUUAACGGUCAGUACUUCAAGCGCCACAACUAGUACUUCGAGUAUAUCGUCGACCAGUUCUUUUCACCCGAAACUCAAGAAAGCAUGGCUUCAAAGACACUCCGAAGACAAGACUGGUAUUGUGGGAACUCCUGCAGUGAGCGCCAGCAGUAGUGUUAUUAAAAAUAUGAACGAAAGCUCCAAUUCAAGCGCUGAUAACAGCAAAGACAGAGAAACUAAAGUAAAUGAUAUGACAGUGAAUGGUGUGAUCAGUAAGAAAGAGUCCAAAGAGGAUGAGUUGAGCGAAGACGACGACACGACUUCUGCUUCUGAAACAGAGUUAAGUAAUUCAUCGAAAGGAAGUAAACGGAAAGCGCACACCCGCUCAUCAAAAACCACUCGCAAACGGUUUCAUUCGCAGAGUAAGGAUAAGGAUAAAGACAAAGACAAAGAUAAGGAUAAGAAACGUAAAUCCGAUUUAAAUAAAAGCGAAGAAAAGAAUGGAAAAGAAAAUGAGGACAAGAAGAAGAAGGAUAAGAACAAAGACAGUGAUAAGGAUUCAACGGACACGCGAUCGUCGACUACCACAAGGAGGGGUCGC